GCCCGGAGCGGCCCCGCGGGGCGGGAGCUGCCGGGGCCACCAUGGGCCGGGGGGGGCCGUAGGGAGCCGCUCCGCAGGGGGACCCCCCCUUCCCCUCGCUGACGCCGGAGAAGAAGGGAGGGAAAGACGGAAAAAGGAGGAAAAUCCCGGCGAAACCCUCCCCAAAGCGGAGCCGCCGAGAAGGCGGCGGCGCCGGCUGGAAAAUGCAUCUUCCUCGGAGCUGCGUCCUCCUCCUCCUCCAGGGCAGCAUCGCGCUGCUGGUGCUCUGCGCUCCAGAGGAACCCGGGAAAGGAGCGGAUCCAGGCGAGCCCCGGGCCCGCGGGAGAGCCCCGAAACUGCGGGAGCUGCUCUCCCCAAAGCCCCUCCCGAGCCUGAGCCCGGGCCCGCGGCAGAACCGGACCCUGCCGGGACCGGGCAGCGGCUCCCGGGAGCUCGGGGGAGCCCUGGAGAACCGGGCCGGGCCGGAGCUCGGCCCGCGGGCACAGCGGGACCCGCGGCCGGCCCCGGGCAGGCUGCAGAAGCUUUUCGGCUGGGGAGAUUUUUACUCCAACAUCAAGACGGUGAAGCUGAACCUGCUGAUCACAGGCAAGGUGGUGGAUCACGGCAACGGCAGCGUCAACGUCUUCUUCCAGCACAACUCCACGGGCCACGGCAACAUCUCCGUGAGCCUCGUGCCCCCCACCAAGGCCGUGGAGUUCCACCUGGAGCAGCAAAUCUUCAUCGAGGCCAAGGAGUCCAAGGUGUUCAACUGCCGCGUGGAGUCGGAGCAGGUGGCCCGGGCCAGGAAGACCUCGCUGUGCACCUUCGACCCGGCCAAGACGUGCUCGCAGGAGCACACGCAGAGCCGCGCCGCCUGGCUGUGCUCGCAGCCCUUCCGGGCCGUGUGCGUGUACAUCACCUUCUACAGCAGCGACUACCGCCUGGUGCAGAAGGUGUGUCCCGACUACAACAACCACAGCCGCCGGCCCUACUUCCCCUCGGGAUGAGCCCCGCGCCGCCAUUCCCGCCAUUCCCGGGGCAGCGAUUCCCGGGCAGGGAUUCCCGGGCCGGGAUUCCCGGGGCAGAGAUUCCCGGGCAGAGAUUCCCGGGCCGGGAUUCCCGGGCAGAGAUUCCCAGGCCGGGAUUCCCGGGCAGAGAUUCCCGGGCCGGGAUUUCCGGGCAGGGAUUCCCAGGCCGGGAUUCCAGGAUUGCGAUUCCCCGGGCAACAAUUCCCGGGCAGAGAUUCCCGGGCCGGGAUUCCCGGGCAGAGAUUCCCAGGCGGGGAUUCCCGGGCAGCGAUUCCGGUGCUGAGAUUCCCGGGCCGGGAUUCCAGGAUUGCGAUUCCCCGGGCAGCGAUUCCCGGGCAGAGAUUCCCAGGCCGGGAUUCCGGGGCCGAGAUUCCCGGCCCGCGAUUCCAGGACUGCGAUUCCCCGGGCAG